CUUUAACAUUUGCUGAAGAAACAUCUCCUGUCUUUUAGUCUUUAAAUGUAUGUGUUUUUUUUUGUAUUAUUGUAUGUAAACUAUUGACAUUUUGUUGUUGAUGUUUGAACUGAAGGAUUUCAGUGCAGUGUUUCAGUUUGGUUUUUUGAUUUUGGGGUUUUAAAUGUUGUGACAAAAACACGUUUUAUAACAGUGCCGUCGGCUAAACAUGGUGACUUUAAUGCCUUGCAAUUAUUUGAACGCGCAAACUACGAGGUGUACAAUGAUCGACAAGAUGUGUGAGCAAAAGGUCAAGAGGGCUAGAACCGACAACUCAGAUGGAACAGAUAGAGACAGACUCAGUGGUGAUCCAGCUUGCAGCCCGCAGAGCGGUCAUUCCUCCUCGACGUGCGGAUCGCCGCCUGCGACCGCCGCCACCGCCUCCUCUGUUCAUACGUCGGACCCUCUCUCAACCUCCGCAUCCACGUGUAUAUCCUCCUCAAAUUUCACUCCAUCGUGGUCUCUACUCGAAACUCAAGGAGUUAAAAGUGAGCUUAGAAGCCCCGGACUGGCGGAUAGCGACGUUGCCGCUUUGUCGCAAGAUCCUUCGAGUUUUUACGGUUCUGCCGUCGAUUUAGGCAACGUCUACGAUAAGGAUUAUCCACAAAGUUACUCAACUGCUCACCAGUAUUAUAAUAGUAUGCAACAAGCUUACGGCUCAACAAACCACGCGGCAGCUUCCUAUAUGAACUCCUCCUCCUUCUACAACCCCUCCUCCUACCCGUACUCCCCCCUAACCACAUCCAGGGGCCUAAAUCCAGCCUGCAAAGCCAGCACAGGCUACAUAGCAUCACCAUACACCUCCCCCACAUCACCUUUCCAAACCACCGGACAAUCAACGCAAUACUCGCCUUAUGCAACCUACAACACACCUGGAACGUCGACUUUUGCACAAGGCUUUUCCGCGCAAGGCGUCGAUUACGGCGCAUACGGCUCUACGUACACGGACUCGCAAACCUCGCAGUACACGCCGAGUUAUUACGCAUCGCAAACUUACUCGCCCUACGUUAGUUCGCCUAGUUCUAGCGGGAGCAUAGGCAACUCAACGUACCAACUCGCCGCCACUACUUUACCCGAAAGCCCCUCUAAUGGUAUAAGUUUGGGAGAUGGGUCAACAUCCCCCUUAAAAGCUGAUAGUGCACGUAGAUCCAGGGAUUCCGCCGGAAGUAUAGGUCCGGAAAUAAGGGGAACUAGGGGUAGAGGAAGGAGAACUAACACGGUUUCUCCUACAACCCCUGAAUCCACAACUGAUAGAGUUUUUAUAUGGGAUUUAGAUGAGACAAUUAUUAUAUUUCAUAGCUUGUUAACAGGGGGGUAUGCUUCAAAAUACCAAAAAGAUGCUCAAAAUGUAGUGCAGUUGGGUUUUAAAAUGGAAGAAAUGGUUUUUAAUUUAGCUGACACACAUUUCUUUUUUAAUGAUAUUGAGGAGUGUGAUCAAGUACAUAUAGAUGAUGUUUCAUCUGAUGAUAAUGGGCAGGAUUUAACAAAUUAUAAUUUUACUACUGAUGGAUUUCAUGCAGCAGGUUCGGGUAGUGGCAAUUUAUGUUUAGCUUCAGGGGUUCGAGGGGGUGUUGACUGGAUGAGAAAACUUGCAUUUAGAUACAGAAAAAUCAAAGAAACAUAUAAUAAUUAUAGAAACAGUGUUGGGGGAUUGUUAGGAGCUUCCAAAAGGGAACAAUGGCUUCAAUUAAGAUCCGAAAUAGAAACUAUGACAGAUAACUGGCUUACUUUAGCCAAUAAAUGUUUAACGUUAAUAAAUUCUAGAAGUAACUGUGUAAAUGUCUUAGUAACUACAACACAACUAAUUCCAGCUCUAGCUAAAGUAUUAUUGUUUGGAUUGGGUGGAGUUUUUCCCAUUGAUAAUAUUUAUUCUGCAACAAAAAUAGGUAAAGAGAGUUGUUUUGAGAGGAUUGUGACCAGGUUUGGAAGAAAAUGUACUUAUGUAGUGAUUGGUGAUGGUCCAGAUGAAGAGGCUGCAGCAAAAUCCCUAACAUUUCCAUUUUGGAGAAUUACGUCUCAUAGUGAAAUAGCGGCUCUCUACAAUGCUCUUGAUAUGGACUUUUUAUGAUUCGAUUUUUUUAAAUGUUUUUAAGUUCAAUGUAUAAAUUGUACAUAAAAUAUAUGACAUUAUGUAUGUAAUAAAUGUAAGAAUAAUCAAGUCAUUGUGAUUGGAGAUAUUUUUUAUUUAUUUUAUGUAUGUAUUUUUUAGAAAUUAUUUAUAAUCAAAUGACAAUACUAAGAAAACAGUUUAAAAUCUUAAUUUUAACACUGUAUGCAUACAUUUAAAUUAUGCUUUAAUAAAAAAAAUACAUUUUAAAGUGCCAAUAAUCACAAAAAUAUCGAAUUGUUCAAACGCAUUUAUUAUAAUAGAAAAAG